GAAAGUUAUCAUGGACAACAAGGAAGGGUGAUGAGGACAAAAUGACUGAGGUUCAAGCAGAAGACGUUUGUGUGUGACAUUUUGCUCCAGCAACAUCGGUGUCCAACACUCAGAUCAGAUGCCCCUUAGUUGCUCCCUCCCUGUGAUUUCAAUACUAGCUGUCAUCCUGUCACACAGGUUGGCCUUGGUUCAAGGACAUUUCUUCCACAAUGGUAUUGGUGAUGCUGUUAGCACUGUCUCUACUUCACAUGUCUCCGGUUGAGUGUCAGCCCACCCAGCAUUCAAGUCCUCCAGGAGCACAACCUCCUUUGGGUACCGAUAAUCUGUCCUUCCCCUGGAGCCGUCUUCGCCUGCCGAGGUACAUCAUUCCUCUUCACUACCAACUCCUCCUACACCCCAACCUCACGAGUCUCAGUUUCACCGGCUCAGUGCAGAUCCAGAUCGAUGUCCAGAACAGUACCAACUGGGUUGUGUUACACAGCAAAGAUCUGCAGAUCUUUAAAGCCACCAUAUUGAACCAAAACCUCGAUCAUCUCUCUGACCAGGUUCUUCCAGUUCUUCAUAACCCUUCGCAUGAGCAGAUUGGCAUUUUCUCUCCCAGGGUGCUCAGCAGUGGGCAAAAGUACUUCCUGUAUAUUGAGUUUGGGGCAGAGCUAGCAGAAGGAUUCUAUGGCUUCUACGGUAGCACCUACAGAACCAGUACAGGAGAGAUGAGAACCUUGGCUUCAACUCACUUUGAGCCCACGAGUGCUCGCAUGGCGUUCCCUUGUUUUGAUGAGCCGAAAUUCAAGGCCAACUUCUCUGUUCGGAUUAGGAGGAGCCCAGAGCAGAUUUCUCUCUCCAACAUGCCUGUAGUCAAGACAGUCGAAGUAAGUGACAUCCUGCUCGAGGACUGGUUUGCUGUGAGCGUGAAGAUGAGCACGUACCUUGUGGCAUUUGUCAUCUGUGACUUCAGAUCUGUCACUGCAACAACAUCCUCUGGAGUGCAGGUGUCCAUCUAUGCUGCUCCUGGGAAGUGGCAUCAGACACACUAUGCCCUGGAGGUUGCUGUGAAAAUGCUGGACUUCUACGAGGAAUACUUCAACAUUCACUAUCCUCUCCCCAAACAAGAUCUGAUCGCCAUCCCAGACUUUCAGUCUGGUGCAAUGGAGAACUGGGGUCUGACCACCUACAGAGAGACAAGCCUUCUCUUUGACCCCCGCACUUCCUCUGUGUCUGAUAAACUCUGGGUUACUAUGGUGAUCGGACAUGAGCUCGCCCAUCAGUGGUUUGGUAACUUGGUGACCAUGGCAUGGUGGAACGAUCUCUGGCUAAAUGAAGGAUUUGCCAGAUACAUGGAGUUCAUUUCAGUGGAGGCCACCUACCCUGAGCUCUCUGUGGAGGAAUAUCUGCUGCACACCUGCUUUAUAGCAGUUGGCCACGAUUCGUUGAAUUCCUCUCGUCCAAUAUCCAGCACAGCAGAGAACCCCACUCAGAUCGAACAGAUGUUUGACUCAUUCUCCUACGAGAAGGGAGCGUGUGUCCUGCACAUGCUGCGACACUUUCUGACUGAUGAUGUGUUUCAAAGGGGGAUUGUGCGAUAUCUACGCAAGUACAGCUACAAUAAUGCAGUCAACCAGGAUCUGUGGGACAGUCUGACUAAUACAUGCUCAGAAGAAGACUUCAUCUCUGGAAAACACUGUUACAGCAGCAGUCAGGCCACCAAGAAUGCAUACCUGUUUGCAGGGGAACAUCUGGAUCUGACGGCCAUGAUGAACACUUGGACUCUGCAAAGAGGUAUUCCUCUGGUAACUGUGACCAGGAAGGGGGAUCGUCUGCUGCUGAGACAGGACAGGUUCCUGAGAACAGUGCUGCCCUCUGACCCUCUCUGGCCCACACUGCAGAAGGGUUUUCUUUGGCAUAUCCCUCUGACAUACAAGACAGAUGCUUCCAGCACAAUUCACAGACACCUGAUGACGACACACACAGACAGUGUCCACAUAGGAGAGGAGGUCAGUUGGGUGAAGGUAAACACUGACAUGACUGGCUAUUAUGUGGUUCAUUACGAGGACGAUGGUUGGGAUGAGAUGACCAAACUGCUAAGAGAGAACCACACCGCUCUGAGCUACAAAGACAGGACUCAGCUCAUACACAACUCUUUUCAACUGGUCACUGCAGGUCACCUGCCGAUAAGUAAAGCCUUAGACCUGAUUGGUUAUCUGCGACAGGAGACACACAUAGUGCCUCUCCUUGAAGGACUGGGAUAUCUGGAAACAUAUUACCAUGUGAUUGAGAAAAGGAAUGAGUCUGAGCUAACACACGACCUGGGGACGUACAUCCUGCGAUUUUUCCGUGCCAUCAUCGACCAGCAGACAUGGAGUGACAGCGGCUCUAUGUCAGAGCGACGGCUGAGGUCAGAGGUCCUGUCUCUGGCUUGUCACCUGGAAGACCCUCGCUGUCUUCAGCGGGCACGUCAGAGCUUCACAGACUGGUUAAAGUCUAAUGGAACACUAAAUUUACCCACUGAUGUGGCAGAGACCGUGUAUUCAGUUGGAGCACAGGAUGACCAUGGCUGGGCCUCGCUCUUACACACAUACAACAUCUCCCUCUCUGAAGCACUAAAAAGCAAAAUCCUGUUCGCCUUGACCUGUAGCAAAGACACCAGCAAACUGGAAAGACUGCUGGAGUUGGGACUGGAAGGGAAGGUGAUUCGAUCUCAGGACCUGUCUGGUCUCAUCCUGAUGGUGAGCAGGAACGCGCAGGGACAUCACCUCGCCUGGAACUUUGUCAAAAACAACUGGGACAUGCUGGUUAAAAAGUUCCACUUGGCCUCAUCUUGCAUUAGAAACGUCAUCGUUGGCACCACAGGCCAGUUUUACUCUACAGAGGAGCUCACUGAAGUGCAGUCCUUCUUUGAGUCCAUCAAAGAGCAGUCAUCUCAGCUGAGAGCUACUCAGGUUGCCCUUGAAAACAUGCAGAAAAAUGUUCGCUGGAUUCAGAGGAACCUGGAGACUCUGAGAAACUGGCUCCAUGAGCAAAUGAAGUGAAGCACAGCAGCAACGGAGGUGGUGGUGGACAUUGUCCAUAUUAAGGAUGAUUUAUGUUUUUUGAUUUUGUAUGUGUGUUUUUAUUUGUAAAUUGUAAUUUGCUUGACAUCGCUGUACAGUGUUUUAAGACUGUAAGUUUUAAGGGAGAAUUAAAUUGAUUAAGAUAAAAAUAUUAUUAUAGAGCUAGAGCUAGUUUGUACUAUGACUGUGUCUAUGUGAG